AUGAUCCCUGGAGUAUCCGCCUCUACAUUCGCCGUUACGAGCCCCACGGUGGAGGAGGGCCCCCUGGUGCAGCUCCCCCACACGGCCCACCGGAGAGUGAAGCGCUGCUCCUGCGAGAACCAGAAAGACAAGGAGUGUAUUUUCUUCUGCCACAUCGGUAUCGUGUGGGUCAACACGCCGGGCCGUGUGGUUCCGUACGGGUUCGGUUCUGUCCGGCUGAGGAGAGAUCUGAGUCGCUGCCUCUGCACACACACACAGGACCAGGAGUGUGUGAGCUUCUGCACCACACACACAGAAGGAGAACACGCUGCAAUGAAGACGGACAAACGGAGACACAGAGGUGCAUUCUGGGAAAAAAGGAGCCGGCAUGCACUGAAGCAUCAGACCUGAGCGACCGAAAUAUCUGUUUGUACAGAGAGUGUGUGUGUGUGU